AUGUACAGGGAUUCCUGGUCUGGCUAUGGUAGAGCGCAGCCUAGCUACAAUGAGUAUGAGAGGCCUCGGGAGGAAGGAUAUGGUCAGCGGCUCGAGGACGGCGAUGGAUACCGCGCCGAAGGACGAUAUGAGGGCGAGGAACGCCCCAGGUACCGUUCGGACUCUCACAGUGGAGGCAGCGACGAUGAGGAGCGUUCCCAUCACCACCGCCACCACCGCCACCAUGAACGGUCGGGUUCGGAUUCGGAUUAA